AUGGCUCUGUCCGUCGCGAUACAAGUCCUCCUGCUCGCCGUCGUGCUCGCUGCCGGCCUCUGGCUUCUCUCCUCCCGCAAGCACGCAAGGCUCCCACCCGGACCACAGGGCAGGCCAGUCCUAGGCCACUACGGCAAGAUACCCACUGCGAGUCCGUGGCACUUCUUCGGCGAGCUAGGGCACAAGUACGGCGAGAUAUCCAGCAUCCGCAUACUGGGCCACACCUUGAUCGUCUUGAACGCCUUCGACCCCGCCGACGCGAUCUUCAACAAGCGCUCGAAUCGCUACUCCCACAAGCCCCGCCGGAGGAUGGGCGAGCUGUCGGGUCUGGUCGCGACGCUGCCGUUCAUGGACCCGGGCCCGACGUUCACCCAUGCGCGCAAGAUGUUCCGUCAGGAGCUCAGCCCGCGCAGCCUCACCGCAUACCACGGCGAAGUCGAGCGCGCAUCCCGCCAGCUCGCCAAAGCGUUCGCUGCCAACGCUAACAUUCCGGGCUUUGAGAAACACAUCGACCAGACGCUCGGCAGGCUCUUCAUGAGAGUGUCGUCGGGGUACGUCGUCAAGGGCGACGACGACGCGGUCCUGCGGCCGAUCCAGCAGCUCGCCAACUUCGCAGCGGGCAUCCUCGGCGGGACGUACUCCAUCAUCGACCGGCUGCCAUUCCUAUGCUACCUGCCCCACUGGGCACCCGGGUCGAGUCUCCUGCGGCUCGCGGACCACUGGCGCGGCCGACUCUGGGAGAUCGCGAACGGCACGGCGGAGCUCGUCCGCGAGGAACUAGUGCGCAGCGUUUCACCCUCCUUCACAGGGAUGCUCACGCACAGGACGCAGACGUCGGGCUCGCCGAGCACGUCCUUCAUGGGGAACCUCUACGGGAACCCCCGAGGUGGCAUGGACCUUGACGAGGCGCAGUUCAAGUUCAUCGCCGUGACCAUGUCCGCAGGCGGCAUGCUCCCACUCACCUCCUCCUCCCUCGGCUUCCUCGCCGCGAUGGCGCGCUUCCCCGCCGCCCAGAAGCGCGCGCAGGCGGAGCUCGACGGCCUCCUCGGCGGGAGCCGCCUCCCCACGCUCGCAGACCGCCCCGCGCUGCCGUACGUCUGCGCGCUCAUCCUCGAGCUCUACCGCUGGGCGCCCGUCGCCCCACUCAUCGCGAGGAAGACGCUGGAGGACGACGAGAUCGCGGGCUUGUGGAUACCGAAGGGGGCGACGGUUGUCGCGAACAACUGGGCGAUCUCGCGCGACCCCGAACGGUACCCAGACCCGCAGGUCUUCCGCCCCGAGCGCUUCCUCCCGCUUUUCGAGGACAGCGACGACGAGAAGAGCGGCCAGGCUAAGCAAGACAUCCUGGACCCGCGCUCGUACGCGUUCGGGUACGGUCGGAGGUGGACGUCGGCGGUGAACGCUGUGCGGAAUGUCAGGAUAUGCCCGGGGCUCGACUUCGCGGAGGCGAUACUCUUCGCGAACAUCUCGCAUAUCCUCACUGUGUUCGACGUCGUCCCUACUGGCGACGCGCCGAUCCUCACGCCGAAUGGCGACGUGGCGUUGAAGACCGUUGGGGCUGCUGCACGCGUGGCGAGCGUGGACUGCACGUUGCGCCCUCGCUCCGCAGACGCACUCGCGCUGCUCGCGGAUGCGGCGGAGUCGUGA